AACACCACCGCCCCGCCGGACAGGUUAAUCAAAUACCUCAAAACAUUUCCAAACAACUCUCAUCCAUACUGGGGAAUGUAUCGUGGCCUCAAAUUUAUAGAUAAACAUAAAUGGGCUAACGCACCACAUGGACCCAUAAUGCUCCAUGUAUAUUCCCGGACCGAUGCGUGGUUUAUUUACAGGUUUGCAACAUUUCAUCAAAAAAACCGGAUUACUGAAUGUUUCGUUCGGGCAACCUUGAGGGUGACCGGGCAGCGGUAACGGGGCAGGAUCAGGGGUUCAAUGGCUGGAGUUUUGCGGAGGCAGUGAUGAGGGACGGUGACCGAGCCUUUCACUUCAUUGGAGAUGAGAGGAAGUGUGUCAUGGGUGCCGCCACGACCAAGGUGCAGUGACAUCACUAUUCCGACUGACUCGUGGUGCCUUCAUGCCAGUGCGAGGCGGCGGGCCAAGCAGGGAGACAAGACGGUGUGGACAGUGGUACAAAUUCCCUUCAUGUAGUGGUGUGUUGAGGCGAGUGGCUCGGUGUCUCCAGUGCCAGUGAAGCAAGUGCAUGUCCUGAGCACAGCCACGUGCAAUGGGUGAGAGAUCUGGUCACUUCCAAGUAAAUUUCAGAGAUGAAGUUAAAUCAUCACAAAGCAGGACUGGUGGCGGUGUUGCUUGUGUCAGCAGUGUUUCUGUUUUACUCCCUACUGAGCCAUGAGCUGCCCAGUAUGCACUUAGAGCCGGCCAGCAGUGUUUGGAGGUUUUGGAACUUUUCCCGGCAAUACCACGGGGUGGCACCAAACACUACAAUCUUGGGACAUGGAAAAACAAAUCAUACUUCAUCUCCCCAACCAAACACCACUGGUCCUCAAACUGUUCACCGCAAACACCAAGUAGACAGAAAAAAUCUGCGGCGCCUCACAACACUGUGUGCAGGAGACUCCUGGCCCCGCACCGCCUCGCCUCAGCCCAUGCCGACGACCUGCCGCCUGCUGGAGCAGCGGGCCAGGGUGGUGCAGGAGGUGUGUCACCGCCAACAUGUUCAGCAGGCGCCACCGGGUACAAAUAGGUCUCAGGACGGUGACGAGCCAGGAAAAUACGUGGAGUACGUGUCUCGCAAACAUAUUCACCUGCUGCGGCGUGCCUUCACUCUUACUUGUGUCAUCAACAAAGUGGCUUCAACAACUUUGGUCUCCAGUCUGAUGGCAGCCAAUGGACAGCCGCUGCCGCUGCCAGAGGGCACCUCCCCGCACGUGGUGGCCGAAGAUACGCUCACGCCAAAGACAGACAAUGAGUUUGAGUUUGCAAGGAAACACUUCUUCAAAUUCCUGUUAGUCAGACAUCCCUUCAGCCGCCUGCUGUCUGCUUACCGAGACAAGGUGGAGGCAGCACAACACUGGUCCCUGAAGCAAAUGAGGGAGCACAUCUUUACAACUCUUGCUGAAGCAAACCUAACAGAGAGGAGACCAAACGAUGACUCAAAGAACAGUGAUGACAUCCCUACAUUUAGAGACUUCCUGGAAUAUAUCCUGAUCACUAAAUAUACAGGAGGAGGGUUUGACUCCCACUGGGCACCGUACUGGCACCUGUGCUCCCCCUGCUUUAUCCAGUAUGAUGCCGUGGCCAAACUAGAGACUGCACAGACCGAUCUCAAGUACAUUUGGCACCACAUGAGGUUAAAAGAGACAGUGCCAUGGAUCAAUCGGUCAAGCCAGAGCAGCAGCAGUGGCAGCACCGUCAACCACUACUACCAGAGCCUCAGUCCAGACCUCAUUGCCCGAGUGUACCGUCGCUACCGCCUGGACUUUGAGAUGUUCCAGUACGAAAUUCUGGAUGUUGUCAGGGAAGGAGGCCACUGCCAACUGCAAGACUGUUCUGACAUGAUUCCUUUUUUUUCCUAGCAAAUGUUUUUGUGAUAUAUAUAUAUAUAUACAAUAAAAGAACAAAUGUGAUCAUAGUUAUAUAUAAAUUAAAAUGUGAAUAUCUUUGGAA